UCUUGUUUUGUUCUUGUUUUCGUUUUGUAUUUUGGUUCUUUUUAUCAACAUUAUUUGAUUGUUUCAAGUCAAGAAAAGGUGAUUAGCAAAAGAAAGUGAAAAACAAAAAUAUGGAACCAAGUAUUGUACCAUUGUUUGAAGAAUGUUAUGUAACCAAUCAUAAUAAUAACAAUAAUAAUGCAAUGGUUGAUGGUGAUUAUAAUCAAAAUGGUGAUAAUAAUUAUCGUUCAAAAGUUAAAGAUCAAAAAAAUGAUAAUAUUGUUGUUGCUGAUAAUAAUCAAACAACAAAGGAACAAAAAACAAUGACAAUGAUGGAUUUGAUGGACGAAACUAUCGAUUCAAUAUCGAUACCAACAUCAUCAUCAUCAUCAUCAUCAUCAUUUGAUGAUAGUAGUGAUGAAUCAUCAUCAUCAUCAUCAUCAUCAACAUCAACAUCAUUCGAAUCGGUAUCAACAUGGAUUAGUCGAAUUGGUGCCCUGUCAAACACUGAAGAAGAAGAAGAUGAUGAUGAUUCAGAUUAUGAUGAUAAUAAUGAAACUAAUAAUAGUUCGAUUGAUGAUGAUGAUGAUGAUGAUGAUUAUAAUUUUGAUGAUGUUGGUGAUAAAAAUUCUUCGUCAAAAGAAUCUAUUAAUGAUGAUGAUGAUGAUGAUUAUUCAACCACCAGAUCAACAUCAACAUCAACAAAACACCAUGAAUCAUUGAAUGAUGAUGAUAAUAAUAAUGAUGAUGAUAUAUUUCAUUCACCCAAAUUAUCUGAUCAUCUUGAUGUAUCACCAUUUACGGCUGAUUUGAUUCGAUUACGUUUUGAACGACAAAAAGCACGACAACAACAACAACAACAGCAGCAGCAACAGGAAUAUCCAACAAAUUUUGAUAAAAUUAUCGAACGAUUACAAAUGUUGGAUUCAAGGAAAAAAUUGGCCUUAAACAACAACAACGAUAACGAACAAAAAUUAUUAUCGAAAGAAAAGAAAAAAAUUCUAAUUUCACAACCAAAACCAAGCCGUUUACCAAUGAUUAUUGCAAAUUUAUUUUUUUAAUUUAACAAAAUUUUUAAUUUAAUUUUUUUUUUACAAAAAAAAAAUUUCAUUUUGAAAAUAAAAAUAUCGACGGUGGUGGUAGCCAGCCGGGGUAAAUGCG